AUGGAUGCACACACCAAGAAGAUCGUGUCCGAACAGGAUUGCCUUACUCAAGGAGAGUUUUUCAAGUCCUUCUGUGAAGAUAACAACUUCAUCAGUGGACGACGAAAGGUGCUUCGCUGUCGAGCAGGGCUUCGUGAGGAGGAUACGAAGCUGGUCUUUCACCCAGUUCACUGUGAUCAGCUAUCUGAACUCAUGCACAUAGUCCCCAAAUUUCGGUUCAUCAUCCUGGAGAGCCUUCGAACUUGCAUCACUGAGCGGGAGGUCGAAAGUGAUCACAAUUUUGACAUUGUGAUUGCAUAUCUUGCCUCCUUCGCCCACGACUUGCCACGCCGCAAGGAGUUGGAGGUAAGUCUGACAUGGGCAUCAAGCCACUAUCGCUUGAACCCUUGGCGCCGAAUCGAGCAGCAUGAGGCUCGACACCGGUCUUUGCCAGGUCAAUCCAUUCUGAAUUCAGGCACUCAGGAUUAA